ACCGAACCAUAGUCCUUAGUUUUUGUUUGGUUCAUUUUAUGGAAAAUAUCUUUUGAUUUUGGAGUCUCAAAGGCAAUUCGAUGGCAACCGUGGCUGAGUGCAACCACAGCGUCUUCGGCGCGGUGACCCACCUGGCCACCUUGUUGGCCUCGGAGGAGCAGGCCACCAAAUGGCCCACAGCUGCGACGGUGGCCAGAAGGCGCUCCAAAAUCUAUGAGGAUCUGCUGCGCAGGGGGACGAUGUCCACCCAGGCCAAACUGGAGCUGCUUCACCAGGUUAGCAGUGAGCUGACGAGGAACCCGGAUCAGCGGAACAGGCUGCACACCUUCCAAAGUCAGCUGGCAGAACAGGAUUCUAGAGAGCCUCAGGCGGAUAAGGACAAGGAGGCGGAAAACCAGUCCAAAGUUGGAGUCCGACGAUUGAAACCCGGAGUUCUGCAACUACAUGAAACCCUGGACCCUCUAACCAAGGAGAAAGAACAGCCAAAGAGUCUCAACUCCCUGGAUCAGAUGCAGCGGGCCCUGAAGCCCCUGCAGUUGCAGCCUCACAGCAAUAUUCUCAUGGUCAACCUAAAGGCGACGCCUCUCACGUCAAGGCCACGCCCCAGGAUCAUCCCAUCCUAUGUAGGCUUCAUGGGCAUGUCGGAGUCAAUGACUCGAAUGCUGGAAGAUAGCGAGCCACCAAUGAACCCACCUCCCCGACUACCAGUCCUCAAAGAGCAGAGCCCAGAUGCCCAGGCGGGAGAGCCCUUUGUGGCCAAGCCUGGACCUGAGAAGCACUUCAUUUCGGACCAUAUGCUGACCAACGAGCUGAAGCUCCUCCAAAACAAGGACCUAGUACUUAACUACUUGGAGGAGGAGACCCUUAUUGACCACCUAAAGAAGGCAGCAGCGGGUCUUCAGUCGGAGACGAUCCUCAGUUUGCCAGACGAUAACCUGGGGCUGCUAUUCAGGGCCAACACCACAGUGCCCACUGUGCUGCCCGAGGUGAUGGCGGACUUUGCGAAUCACUUCCUGCGCGCUGGCUGUGCCUUUCGGCGAUUGAGUGCUCGCACCAAGUGGAACAAGAAUACCAUGGCGCGGCUGGAACGGCCCCUGAAUCGGGCAUUUCGAGAGCUUCUGGUGGACUUCCUGGCCACCAAUCGGCAGUUUCUGCUCGCCUUGCCCGCCAAAAGUCUCUCCCAACUGCUGAACAACUCCCGCCCAGCCAUUCAGCUGCUCUCCCAGCUGGAUAAGAUGUUCGAGAACGAGCCGAGAUUAAAUCUGGACACUGGGGUGUCGGGAUCCUUCCUGCUGAGCUGCGUUUGGCUGGCCAUCGACACCUGCGGCAACAGUGACUUCCUGCAGCUGCUCAUCUACUUGUUGCGUUGCAUAUCCCAAACCUACUUCGUGCAGCUGCAGAAGUGGAUCUACCAGGGUGAACUGGACAAGACGGUCAACGAGAUUUUCAUAAGUCGGUACUCGAACAGUUCACCGUCGCUGGUGAAUGAGUGCAGCAAGGAGUUCUUUGACAGGGGCUACCAGGUGGUCAACGAUGCUAUUCCAGACUUUCUUUCCGGCUGCGAGCAGGAAAUCCUCCACUGCGGAAAGUACAACCAGGUGCUAAGGGCUUAUAACCCUCAGCACCCAGUUUUUGAUGUGGAGUACCCGGAUAUGGUAGUCUGUCUUACGGAGCAGCAGCUCAAAGAGAUGCGUCGUACCUUGGCCGAGAAUUAUGCCUCCAUUUACCAACGCUUUGGCUGGUGCAGCAUGCAGAGCAUUUUCGAGGAACGCAUGGCCAACAAACGGGUUUUUGCGAAUCUCAUGGUGGAACGAACGAAGGCCUUUAUGGAAAACUGGGAGGAGGAGCAGCGCGAGCUUCAGCUAAGAGCGAAUGCUCAUAAGAAGCUGAUGUACGACGAGAUAAACGCGGAGAUAGAAAUAAACCAGCAGAAUCGUAUGGAGAAGCGACGACAGGAGAUUGCCAAUGAGAUUGGAUUUCUGCGGGAAAGCGAACGCCUGGAGGAUAUGCGCCUGGAGCGGGAAAAGCAGGUGUUGCAGAAGGAAGUUUCACAGCUUGCAGCCGUAUUAACCAAAAAAGACACACAGGAAGCAACCAGUCCUAACCAGAGCACAUAUAGCGAUCUAAGUUUUACAUCCUGUCUCGAACGACCAGAUAGUCUCACAGAAUCGGCGUCUGACAAGGAUGAGGAAAAAGCAGAGGAGGCAAAAGGACAGUCGGAGAAGCCAUCAGAAGUUAUAUUGGCACAGCCAGCAGAGAACACAUCAUCAGAAGAGGCAUCGAAAUCGGAUCAGCCCCAAGUGAAAGAGGUCCAAUUUUCACUGCCCAAUGAGGUGGAGUAUAAGCGAAGCCACUCGGAUGUGUUGAAUUCCAAUGAGCAGCCAACCUGUCAAACAGAACUCAAUCGCAAUCGCCAGCAGGGCCUCUCCUCUGAGCAGUUUCAGGAGUGUCAGACAGAGUUGAACUCGGAUAACACAACCACCGGCUUGAGUUCGGGUUUCCACGCUCGACUUCCUCCCGACAUAAAUGCUAAUCUCAAUCGCCUAGAAACAGAGGAACUGAGUGAGUUACAGCGCAACCGCAAACGAAAUGAACAGCACGAUGGCUUCUCCAGCUUCAACUCCACCGAGGAUAUGCACACGCAGAGGUUGUUUUGCCAAAUGAAUUCAAAUACGGAUCGCGCCCGAAAUAGGCGGAGGGUUAUGGAAAGCGAAUUUGGUAUUAGUCUUGGAGAAAACACUUCGGAAAAGAAGACCAUGCCUUGCCUGCCUCUGGAACUUAACAAGCUUCACGUGGAAGUACCUGCGGCGGUGCUAACGCCCAUGUCCACCACUUCGGAUAUGGACAUCGGUGGUCUAUCACCCAGGGAAAUAGUUGAAAUUCCUUUAGUUGACAACGAUGCUGCUAAUAAUAACAAUGUUACAGAGAGCAGAGAAGUGGUUUGUCCAGAGUCAGUUUCACCAAAGCCCGAACUUGUAGCUAAACCAAAUAGUGUGCUCUCGGAAGUCUUUAUCCCGACUUUCGGUCUGCCCACACACUUUAAGAUGGGAAAGGAGCUGGAACAGGAAGAUCAAAGUCAAAAGGCAGUUCUCACUGUGCCGGAGUUCUGCAAUCCAUUCAUGGCCCGGCGUUGCCUGCAGCUCUCUGUGAUGGCUCCUGUAAACGCGCACUACGCCCUGCUCCGGAAUGAGGUGCUAAGGAUCUUCCAAGAGCUCCGUAUCUACGAGCAUUUUCGCAAGCUUAGGAACUACUUUUUCCUGCUGGACGGCCAGUUUGGAGCUCUACUCACCAAUGAUGUUUUGGGAAGAAUUAAGGCGGGCAUCGAACCAAGAAGCCUCUGCCAGAAGGGCAUUCUCGAUACCAUGCUGACCAAUGCGUUGUCGGCUUGUUCGGCGGAUGAGACCACCGUGUCACAGAAUCUCACCCUCAACUGCACCAAUAUACCGGAAUCGCUGAAUUUGCUGUCGGUGGAAGCCACUUCCAUGCUCAUGCUGCACUGCAAGGUGGACUGGCCUCUUAAUCUUGUGAUCAGUCCGGAAACGGUGGCUAAAUACGGUCAGAUCUUCGGGUAUCUGCUGAAGCUACGCCACGUUAGCUUCGUUUUGGAGGGAACCUAUGAGUAUUUGCAGCAAAUGGGCAAACUUCUGGGGCCGGAGCUCCGGAGGUGUGCACAUUUUCGGCUUCUGCAGGGGAUGCGCCACAAGCUGUCGCACUUUAUGACCUCGUUCCAGACGCACCUGGUGGCCAAAGCCCUCCAGGCCACCUGGAAGAGUUUUAAGGAGGAGCUGUGCGCCGUCGAUUCCAUCGAGGGAUUGUAUAAACAGCACGCCGCCUAUUUGAAGCGGGUUGCCUUCCUGGCACUGCUAAAUCGACGGAGUGCCAAGGUCAAGGAAACCAUCGAAAAUAUACUCGUUAUUAUACUUCGCUUCUGCAGAGUGCUUCAGUCGCAGGCUUUCAUAAUGGAUCAAGAUAAUCAGUUCGUGCACCCUCGCUUUAAACGACUGCAGCAGGAGGAGGCUGAGUUUGAGAAGUUUAUGCAGUAUCUUAUAUAUUUGGGCAAUAAGGCGGCCACUUCUGGUUACCAGGAAGAAAUCGGAGACCUGAUUUGUAUUAUUAAUUUUAACAACUACUACAAUGUAUCUGAGGAGAGUUCUAGGUCCUAAGUAGAAUCUCAAAGCUGCUAGCACAGAAUCUGUGAAGGAUUUCGUAGUUAGGGAAAUUAUCUUGCCAUUAAGCUCAGCUUAUUAAGCUUUUAAUAAUUAUUUCCAGGGUUCUUCUUAGGUGUAAGGUGCAGGGCUUUCUAAAAUAUGUUUAUAUAGCUUUCUUCGUUUUAUGUUUUAAUGUAAGAUGUUUAAUAUAAAUGUUCGAAAAAUCAA